CCUUCUACCCUCAAAAAUUCUUGAGAAUAGUCUCUGGCAUAACCUAGGUGUUUCACUUUUAUGUCGAACCUAGCGGCGCUGAAGCAAGCAAGCGCCCUUCGUGCCGCCGAAUUCGCAAAGGCUUACUCAAAACAUAGGCCACUCGUCCAACGAGGCCUAACCGCAGGCUUCAUCCUUUAUGUUCUCGGGACAACAUAUAGAGGACUUUCUGCGAAACCAAGCUCGGCGAGCUCUAGGAAGGGUAAGGGGAAAGGGAAGGAUGAAUCAGGGAAGCCUCCCAGAGUCGCGGUAGACGUCGUAUUCUACGAGAGGUUGAGCAGAAUAUUGAGGAUCGUGAUCCCAAAUUUACGGUCAAAGGAGGCGAUGCUCUUGUUCAUGCACUCAAGCCUUCUCAUUUUCAGGACCGCAAUUUCGUUGUAUGUGGCGGCACUGGACGGAAAGAUUGUAGCAUCACUCGUUCGUGCCCAGACAGUCCCAUUCCUUCUAAAUAUCACUCGCUGGCUCCUCGUCGCCAUUCCCGCCACAUGGACAAACAGCUGGCUCAGCUACGUUCAGAAUAAACUCGCGAUAGCGUACCGGACAAGGUUGACCGAGACUGUACUGAAAGAGUAUCUAGGCGAUGAAGACGAUGAUGUGAAGGACAAAGUAUAUUAUAAGCUAUCGAAUUUGGACGAUCGUAUAAAGAACCCGGACCAGAUGAUCACCCAUGAUAUACAGCGGUUCUCGUCUCACCUUGCCGCAAUCUAUGCGAACAUGGCGAAACCAGUGCUUGACGUGAUCCUCUACAACUACCAACUCUCGCAAAACGUUGGCGCCGAGGGCCUCGUCAUCCUUACCUGCCUCGUCCAGCUAAGUGCUGCCCUUCUGCGUCGAUUAACCCCGCCCUUUGGUCUCUAUACCGCUCUGUCCGCACAGCUCUCCGGCUCCCUACGCCACACCCACUCACGGAUGUCAGAGUUCGCGGAAGAAAUUGCGUUCUUCGGAGGCGAGGAGACAGAGAAGAUCUUGGUCGAGAGAGAAUAUGCUGGACUUGUGAUGCAUGAGAACAGGGUAUUGAGGAGCCGAUGGUGGCAUGGAUGCGUGGAAGAGGGCAUCGUUAAAUGGUUAUGGGGAAGUUUCGGGCUGGUAUUAUGUGCCGUCCCAGUAUUCUUGAAGCUUCCCGGAGUGCAUAACCUGGACAUGGGCAGUCGGACAGAAGGCUUCGUCACAAAUCGUCGCCUGCUACUCUCCGCCUCAGAUGCUUUCGGUCGGGUCAUGUACUCGUACAAGGAUCUGGCCGAGCUAGCGGGCUAUACCGCUCGCGUCUCAACCCUGCUCGAAACCAUGGAGGACACCAAGAAGGGUAAGUUCGAGAAAGCGCUUGUGAGCAGCGCGAGCACCGCCGAGAACGCGAGGAUUCUGAAGGGCAGGGGUAAGAUCAUUGAAUCCGAAGAGAUACGAUUCGAGGGCGUACCUAUCGUCACGCCGAACGGGGACAUUCUGGUGAAGAGCUUGACGUUCUAUGUCAAACCUGGGGAACAUCUCCUCAUCGUCGGGCCUAAUGGGUGCGGCAAGUCGUCGUUGUUCAGAAUCCUUGGAGGUUUGUGGCCCGUGUAUGGCGGGACAGUAUACAAGCCUCCAGCAGACCGAUUUAUUCUUAUCCCUCAACGGCCAUACCUCCCUAUUGGUACUCUGCGGGACCAGGUCAUCUACCCUCAUUCGAAGGACGACAUGGAAGCCCGUGGCAUAACGGAUGAUGAUCUUCUGCGGAUACUCGCACUUGUCCAGAUGGAUAAUGUCGUUGAGCGAGAAGGGGGCUGGGACGUCGCGAGAGAAUGGAGAGAUGCAUUGAGCGGCGGUGAUAAGCAGAAGAUCGCCUGGGCAAGACUGUUUUAUCACAAACCUAAAUAUGCGGUGUUGGAUGAGGCGACGUCACUGGUACCGGUUGAAGUUGAGGGUAUGAUGAUGGACCAUGCGACGGAAUUGGGGAUUACGCUCCUGACUGUGUCGCAUCGGCCAAGUCUGUGGAAGUAUCAUUCUAUGAUUUUGCAUUACGACGGGCAGGGUGGUUAUGUCUUCACGAAGCUCGACGCAGAGAAGAGGCUUGCUUUGCAAGAAGAGAAGCAGGGCCUGGAGACUAAGUUGCUCGAAGUACCGAAGAUGAAGGCGCGCUUGGCAGAGCUCCUGGAAGCUUCACAAGCUUGACGAGAGUAUCCGGUUCCCAUGUAUACCUACCUGUACCAGUAUACC